GACAGCACCCGAAAUGAGUUUUCACUACGGUCAGGGGUAUGGAGGACCUGGGAAUAACUAUCCCCAGCAGCACCCACCUCCUGGGGCGCCCUACGGAGCUGGUCCAUCCCCAGGAGGUCCUGCUGGAGGACAGUAUGGAGGUUCAGCACCGCCUGGUGGGGCACCAUAUGGUGGUGCAACAGCUCCACCACCAGGAGGGCACUAUGGUGGAGGGGCAGCCCCUGGAGCACCCUAUGGAUCAUACGGUCCUCCAGGUGCAGGAGGGCAGUAUGGGCCAGGUGCUGGAGGCGCCCCUGGAGGUCCUGGUGCACCUUACGGAGGAUAUGGACAACCUCAUGGAACACCAUAUGGUCAUCACCCACAUGGUAACGUUCCACCAGGAGUAAACCCCGAGGCUCAACAGUGGUUUCAGUCAGUGGACACCGACCGCAGCGGCUAUAUCAACCUGAAAGAGCUGAAACAAGCCCUCGUCAACUCCAACAAUUCAUCAUUCAACGACGAGACAUGCCUCAUGAUGCUAAACAUGUUUGAUAAGACAAAAACAGGGCGAAUGGAUUUGUUUGGAUUCUCAGCUCUGUGGACAUUCCUGCAACAGUGGCGAGCCCUGUUUCAGCAGUUUGACCGUGACCGCUCGGGUAGCAUUAACAGUAAUGAGAUGCACCAGGCUCUUUCUCAGUUGGGUUACAACCUGAGUCCCCAGUUCAUCCAAACCCUGGUGAACCGCUUCUCGCCCCGGGGACGACAAGGAGCCAUGUACUUGGAUCGCUUCAUCCACGUGUGCACUCAGCUGGCCUCUAUGACCGAGGCCUUCCGCGAGAAGGACACAGCCAGGAGUGGCAACGUGAAGAUGAACUACGAGGACUUCCUCUCCGGAGCCAUCACUCGACUCAUGUAAAUACUGGUCGGGGCCACAGUGUGGCGCUGUGUCCCUGACUACACACUGAUGCCAAAGCGACCCUUACAUCCACACAGAUGCCAACGUUCCCGCUUUCUUCCCCUGCCGUUGUUCCAUUUUACAGCUGUACGGCAAAAAUGCCAAAUAUUUAAACCAUCAUUGACUAACUCGCUUUGAACAUGUAUGCAUCAGGCAGACAAUGCACUUCUGUCUGAGCAAAAACAAUGCAAUUGGAAUAUACAAAAAGCCUUAACUCUAAAAGUAAGGGCUUGAAUUUGUGCGAGGUCAGAACUUCAGAUGUGCCAUAGAUAUUCAUUUUACCUUCAGCAUUAAAGCUUAGUGCAGGGCGACUUAAACUUGUGUUUGCUGAGUCAUGUGUAGGCUUCUGCAGAAUUCAGGUGUUAUCAAAAUGAAGUAGCUCUCCCAAGAGAUUUGUUUGAACCCUGUGUCUUUGAAUCUUAACAAAUGAUGUUCGUUCUGUAGCCACCAUUUUACUGAUUCAUUGGUGUAUGUGAUUUUUCCCUUUUUCUUUUUUUAACUGCUAAAGUGUAAACAGCUUUUUGUUUCUGUUUAGACUUUUAUUGGGACCAUUUAUUUAAUAUUUUACGAUCGCUAGAAAUUAAGGUGUUUACAAUAAAGAAAGUAAGACCAGUUUUGAAUCGUCAUUCUAAUAUUAAAAUGAGUGUAUAAAAGAUUUAGCUGAAUUUAAAAAUAAGGGCCACCAUGAAUACAAAAUUAUCUUUCCACUCUAUUUACAAGUUUGACAUUCUGAAGUUUUGGACCGAGACUAGUGAAUUAAUUGGUAUUGUUUCUUAAAAGGUGUUUUUAUGAUAUUUUUGUGAUUACUUACAUUUAUGUUUGUCUGCAAUAAAGUUUUCAAAACAA